AUGUCUUUCACCACGACCACCACCUCAACCUACAACACCACCACCCGACACACCCUAUCUCGACGACCCGGCGGCCGCUCCGGCAUAGCGACCGCAUCAACGCCAAACCUGAACCAGCUAUACAGUGGGAGCCAGGCGCAGGCCCAUCCACCGUUGCCUUCGCCGUCGCGCCUCUUUCCGCCGGCGCUUGCGCGCAAGGGGUCGGUUGCAGCGCUCACGCAGAACUCGUUGGCUGCGAUCCCGGACGAUUCAGAGGGUUACGCUUACAACUCAGUCUUGACAAGCGGUGACACGCCUCCUACCGUUACCGCGACUACCCCUACUACAUCUACCAUGCCGCUUCCACACACGCCGGGCCGCUUUAACAGCGGGGGUCCCGGUGCCGGGGCCGGUGCUGCUGAUGAUGGUGUCGCUAUUGGCGACACGGUUGAUGUGCCGGGGAACAUGACGGGCACUGUCCGAUUUAUUGGCUCAGUCGCUGGGCGCAAGGGCAACUUUGCUGGCGUCGAGCUGCAUUCUGACCAUGCGCCUAGGGGAAAGAACAGCGGCGAUGUUGACGGCGUCUACUAUUUCACCACAGCCCAGCCUGGCGCUGGCAUCUUCCUCCCCCUCUCGAAAGCCGUCAAGCGCGAUGUGACACCCACAGGUCCUCCCGGGAGCUCAUUCCCAAUGACACCAGCCAGCGCCGGCGGUCUGCGCGUCGUGAGCCACAAUGCGACCAACUUCACACCGCCCACGCCGGGCGUUUCCAAGUUCAGCCAGUCUGUCGGCCCGCCGCGCGCCACGAGCCCACUGGGCAAGAAGAUGCGCCCCUCGCUGCCACGGCCGGAGUCGCCAGUCAGAAGAUUGAUGACCCCCGGACCGCGUCCCACCAUCGCGACACCGGUACCAAAGGGCCCACCCUCGAGAUUCGGCAGCCCAACAUCGGCUAACAAGUUCGCACAGAGCGUGCGCGGAACAGCGGGUGAUCCCAACAAGCAGCGGAUACCGGGACACACGCGGAAAGGUAGUGUCGGCCCGCGGAGUGUUUCGGUUCUCGGGACCACGUCGAACCCGCACUACAACGACGACGACACCACGCCCAUCGGCAUGCAAAGGACUCAGACGAACGGUAGUAUGGGCUCGGUCUCGUCCUUUGCGCUCAAGGUGCGGCCAGCGUCGCGGGCCAUGUCACGGGCCGGGGGUCGCGAGCAAGACGAGGAGAUUGAGCGGCUCAAGGCGGCGCUCGAGGACAAAGAAACACAACUCAAGGAGCAAGGGGCGGCGCUGGCCGAGAUGGAGACCAGCCUGACGGAGCUGCAGGGGAUCAUCGAGACCUCUCCAGGCUUGCCGGGACCACCGCAGCGCGACGACCUGGACGACAAGGACUCGGCGCAGCUGCGGGCGCUUCUGCGAGAGAAGAACGAGAAAAUCGCCACUCUGACAGCCGAGUUUGACGCGCACCGCGCCGACUUCCGGAGCACGAUCGACACCUUGGAGAUGGCGGGCAGCGAGACGGAGCGUGUGUACGAAGAGCGGAUCGAGGGUUACCUGCAUGAUAUCCGGGAGCUGCAGGACAGGACGGCGGACGUGGAUACCGUCGCGGCGCAACUUAAGCAGUUGGAGGAGCUGGUACAGGAACUUGAAGAAGGUCUCGAGGAUGCACGGCGGGGCGAGGCCGAGGCUCGUGGGGAGGUUGAGUUUCUUCGCGGGGAGGUCGAGCGGACGCGUAGUGAGCUCCGCCGGGAACGCGAGAAGGCUCAAUCUACCAUCCCGGGCGCGAACGGGGCCGUCAACGGGGGCUCCAUGUCGAAGGAGUUGGAGCAAAAGGAGGACGAGAUCCGCGGGCUCAAAGCCAUCAUCCACUCGCUCAGCCGCGACUCGGUACCUAAUGAUAACAACAACGCCAACAACAACAGCAACCACCCCGAUCGGCCACCGUUAGCCCAGCGGCAGUCUUCGUUCCGCACGCACCAGGGCGAGUCCAUCGAGGACCGCCUCACGCGCGAGAAGCUUGACCGCGAAGUCGCCGAGCUACGCGCCCUGGUCGAGAGCAAGAGCUCCCGCGAAGAGGACCUCGAGCGCGAACUCGAGACCCUCCGCCGUGGCAGCGUCAUGACGGCUAUUGGCCCCGGCCACCGCGCCAGCGCCGCUAUGACAACGGCAUCCAACGACCGUAAUUCGAUCCGCGAUUCCAGGGCGACUGUCAUCGCUCCCCCGCGCAUCGACAGCCCUGAGCAGCAGCAUCAGCACCACUACCACCACCACCAACAGCAGCAAUCCCAGUCUUCCCACAAAGCCGGGUCGCUAACCAAGCACAACCGCGGCAGCACCCUCGACACGAUGCCCGAGAGCGACACGUACAGCACCGCGACGGAGAACUCCACGCUGUGGUGCGAGAUCUGCGAGACGUCUGGUCAUGACAUCCUCACAUGCACUAAUGUCUUUGGACCGGACCAGCAGCAGAAGCAACAACAACACCAACAACAGCAACGCAAUACUACUGACGGAGCUGAUUCCGGCACAGACAACGGCGCCCCGCUCACCUCCACCAACGACACCGUCGAGACAACAACAACAGAAAACGAGUACCACGAUAUCACACCCGGCGGUGGUGGCGCGCCGGCACCGUUGAGUCCCGUUAAGACUAUCCGGGCUGCUCCCUUGCCUCAACCUCUGAGCCAGCCUCAGACUCAGGGCGGUCAGAAUGAGGAUGGAGCGGCAGUGGGGACGACACCGACGGUGAGGACGAUUCCGAACCCGAUGGAGUCGGGGCCGGUGGCGGGAAGGGAUAGUGGGGUGGUGGAUGCGGGCAAGUGGUGUGCGUUGUGUGAGAGGGAUGGACAUGAUAGUGUUGAUUGUCCUUUUGAGGAUGCUUUCUAG